CGAGGAACCAAAGUGGGAGCACAGAGCCGGGAGAGUUUCCACGCAUCCCACGGGGGCGACCGCCCCCCCCCCCCCCCGGAACCGAUGGAGCUGGAGGCACCGGAGUUCCCGGAGCCGCAGGACGGGCUCUGCCCCUUCCCCGGCUCGGUCCCCUCGGAGUCGGCCUUCGAGGGCUGGACGCUCCCCGACGAUGGCGGGAGUAAAGCCGAGGAGCUGGUGCGGCUGCCGGUGACCCCCCAGGACGCCAGCCCGGAGCCCCCCACUCGCAACGAGCCCCCCGCCACCCUCUACGAGGUGGUCUGCGACCUCAGCCCCGCCUUGCACAGUGGUGUCAUCUCCAUCCAGCUGGGGGAUGACUGGCUGUGCCCCCCACUGCUCCCCGGCUCCUGCAUCAUCAAUGAGCUGCCUGCCGCGCCCCUGCCAGCACCCAGCCCCACGCACCUGCGCCUGACGGAGGAGGAGAAGCGGCUGCUGGCGCAGGAGGGGGUGACGCUGCCCGGCACUCUGCCCCUCACCCAGGCUGAGGAGCGGAUCCUGAAAAAGGUGAGGAGGAAGAUCCGGAACAAGCAGUCAGCCCAGGACAGCCGGCGGAGGAAGAAGGAGUAUCUGGAUGGGCUGGAGAGCAGCCGUCCCCAUCUCUGCCCGGGCAGGGUGGCUGCGUGCUCAGCCCUGAACCAGGAGCUGAGGAGGAAAGUCCAGGAGCUGGAGAAGCACAACGGGUCCCUGCUGCGGCAGCUGCAGGCGCUGAUCAAGCAGACGUCCAACAAGGCUGCCCAGACCAGCACCUGCAUCCUGAUCCUGCUCCUCUCUCUGGGACUCAUCCUCUUCCCCAGCUACAGCCCCUUCCGCCGGGGCCUGGGGGACAGCCAGGAUGGCGACAGACCCACCGGAGUGAUUUCCAGGCACAUCCUGACCCGGAGGGAGACGCUGGGACCGGGUGGAGAAGCCACAUUCCCUGUGCCGGGGUGGCUGCAGGUGGAAGAGCCAGGACCUGCGGCUGCCGCGGAGGAUGGAGAUGAGGCGGGGCACGGGGAUGGGAGAUCCCCCAACGCCUCAAGCCAGAACCCCCCGGAGACAACAAAACAGGGACAUGGGGACGAGAUGUGACAAGCAGGAGAGAGCAGCUCCUGCUCUGGGGUCCUGGGAGCUGCCCUGGAGGAGGGUGGGCAGCAGUGAGGGAACACCCAGCCUGAGCAGGGGGUGCUGGGUGUGCCCUGCCUCCUCCAGUCCCAGCAGCUCUGAGCACUGAUAAAUAAACCUGCAACCGGUUUGCACCCCAA